AUGUCAAAGCCAGCUGGAAGAACCAUUUUAGCCUCUACCAUCGCCAAACAAUAUAUUGAUGAAAUUACUUCUCAAGUAAAGGCUUUGGACUUCAAACCCAAAUUGGUGGGCUUUUUGGCCAAUGAUGAUCCUGCUGCUCAAAUGUAUGCCAACUGGACAGGCAAAACCUGUGAAUCGUUAGGUUUCACUUACGAUUUGAUCACCGUUGAUAAGAACGACUUGGAAAGCGCAUUGAUCAAUGCCAACUCCAACGACGAAGUCAACGGAAUCAUGGUCUACUUUCCUGUGUUUGGUGAUAACCAAGAUCAGUAUCUUCAACAACUCAUCUCGCCAGAGAAAGACGUUGAGGGCUUGAACUUCUUGUACUACCACAACUUGUACCAUAAUGUUCGUUUCUUGGAUCCUCCAACCAACGAGCAGAAGUCCAUUUUGCCAUGCACGCCGUUGGCUAUGGUGAAGAUUUUGGAGUACUUGGGUGUCUACAACAAGCACUUGCACUAUGGUAAUCGCUUGUACGGAAAAAAGGUUUUGGUUGUUAACAGAUCGGAAAUUGUAGGAAGACCUCUUGCUGCUUUGCUUGCCAAUGAUGGCGCUACUGUCUACUCUGUGGAUAUUCAUAACAUUCAACAAUUCACAAGAGGAGAUGACUUACUGAUGCAGAGACACAAGGUUGUUGAUCUAGAUGCUUCGGAAUAUUCCCUAGAGAAAAUUACUCCACAAUGUGACGUAAUUAUAACUGGUGUUCCUUCAGACUCGUACAAAUUUCCUUCGGAAUUGGUUUCAAACGGUGCAGUGGUGAUCAACUUUGCCAGUGCGAAGAAUUUCAAUGAUGACAUCAAGCAGAAGGCAGGUUUGUAUGUUCCUUCGAUUGGAAAAGUCACCAUUUCAAUGUUGUUGCGUAACUUGCUUCGUUUGAUUGACAACAAGAAGAUCAGAACACAGAGUUAG